AUGGUCAUGGACAGAGGCAAAAAAGGCAAGAAAAUGCUUCUAUUUAAAGCUGAUUUCAAUAAAGCGUUUGACUCAGUGAGUUGGGGAUUUUUGGAUUCAAUCAUGGAGCAAAUGGGCUUCGGGUCGAAAUGGAGGUCAUGUAUGAAUGGUUGUCUUGGAUCCGGUAGAGCUUCGGUGAUCAUCAACGGCAGUCCGACCAAGGAUUUCUCUAUGUCAAAAGGUGUCAGACAGGGAGAUCCACUCUCCCCAUUUCUUUUUAUCAUUGCGAGUGAAGGAUUAAAUCAGGCGAUGAAGACAGUUGUGGAAAAAGGAAUCUUCGAAGGCAUCAAAUUUUCACAAUCUAAUCAAUGUUCGUCUCAUUUAUUCUAUGCAGAUGACACAUUGUUUAUAGGCUAA